GAGUGUCCACAUCUCUCUGAGAAUGACUAUCCAAUUCUUGCUUUUAGGAGCUCUGCUCGUAUCGAGUUCUCAGGCCCUGAUCAGAGAGCCCUAUCCCAGAGACUGCAAGCUGUUUUACGAGACGCGCGAGCUCAGCUGCCCUCCGGACUUGCGCUGGAACGCCCAACUGCAGCGAUGUAGCUCAGAGACCCUCGCAGGCUGUUCUAACACCGUACCCGCCGACAGUCUGUCAGUCGCAUGCGCUGAGAAACUUGGACAACUAAUACCAUAUCCUGGUGACUGUACACGCUUCAUACAGUGUGACUAUCUUCCCUUUGUGAAGACCUGUCCACAGUAUCUCUUCUGGAACUCUAAACUGCUCACCUGCGACAAAAUGUGUGUUUAAUUGUUUU